AUGGUUUGUGGCAAGAAUUCAGAAAGGAAGAGGCCCGAUGGAGACAAAAAGGCCAGGGUUAAAUGGAUUAGAGAAGGGGAUAGAAACACUUCCUAUUUUCACUCUAUGUGCAAAAUCCGUAAGGCCAAGAAGCAGAUAUCUCACUUAGUUGUUGGGGGGGUAGCUGUUGAGGACCCUAAUAUGAUCAAAGAAACAAUCUUCAGCCACUUCCAAACCUUCUUCACUAGGGAUAACAGACAAAGGCCGAAAAUAAGAUGCACAAAUCUUCCAAAGCUGAGUCAUGAGAAGAAGGUUGGACUGGAAAACAGAUUCACAGAGGGGGAGAUUUGGGAGGUUCUGAAGUCUUGUGAUGGGAAUCGGGCACCAGGACCCGACGGUUUUAAUUUGAAUUUUUUCAAACAGUUCUGGAGCUUAGUUAAGGGUGAAGUGGUGAAAUUCUUUGAUGAUUUCCAUAGCACGGGGAAGUUAGUAAAAGGCCUUAAUGCUACCUUCAUAGCUCUAAUUCCAAAACAUAACAAUCCCUCGGCUGUCACUGAUUUCAGACCAAUCAGUUUGAUCGGUAGUGUUUAUAAAUUGAUCUCCAAGGUGCUAGCAUCGAGAUUACAGAGAGUUGCCCCCUUGCUGGUCUCAGAGAAUCAAUUUGCUUUCACACACGGGCGACAAAUUUCUGACUGCAUCCUUAUUGCUAAUGAGGUGGUAGAUCUCUUGAAAAAGAGAGAAGACGGAGGAUUUCUAUUAAAACUUGAUUUCGCCAAAGCAUAUGAUAAUGUGGAGUGGGGUUUCCUACUCGAUAUCCUCAAGGAAAUGAACUUUGGUGAGCGAUGGAUCAAUUGUAUUCGUACUUGUGUCUCUACGGCUACUCUGUCAAUCCUGGUAAAUGGCUCAUCUACAAGUUUCUUUGAUAUGGAAAAGGGGCUCCGACAAGGUGACCCGUUAUCCCCCCUCUUGUUCAAUCUAUGUGCAAAUAGACUCUGUUGCAUGUUGAACCAACUCUUAGGAGAAUUUCUCUUUAGUGGUGUGAGAAUUGGAACCGGUCUAGCUUUGAACCACUUACAGUUUGCGGAUGAUACGCUACUGUUUUGUGAGAAUGAUGAGGACCAAAUAGAUCUGCUUUGCAAUGCCUUAUUGUCAUUCCUCUUUGCUUCUGGACUCAAAGUGAAUUUGCAGAAGACAUUUCUAAUCGGGUGUAAUGUUGAAGUAUCAGAGGUGGAAAGAAUUGCUGGUCUUUAUGGGUGGAAUAUUGGCCAAUUGCCAUUACUCUACCUUGGUGCCCCCCUUGGUGGGAAUCCUCGUCGUAUCUCUUUUUGGGAACCAAUGCGGGAUAAACUUAGAAGGAAAAGGCGGACAUGGAAUUCAAAAUUCAUCUCUUUAAGCGGUAGAUUGACGCUGAUGAAGGCAGCCCUUUGCUCGGUUCCUUUAUUCUUAAUGGUUGUAUUCAAAGCACCUAUGAAGGUCAUAGGGGAAGUGGAGAAAAUCUUACGUAGUUUCCUUUGGGGAAAGGAAGAGAAUGGCAGAAAAAUCGCUUGGAUUCCGUGGUCCUUGAUCUGCAAAUCUCAUGAACACGGGGGUCUUGGUCUUGGUUUCAUUGGGUGGAAGAACAAAGCUCUCUUACUUAAAUGGGCUUGGCGCUUUGGAGUAGAACACAAAAGCUUGUGGAGGAGACUACUCAUUGCUAAAUAUGCGCUGGACCCUAGGCUACUGUUCUUCCAUGUGGCUAUGGUGGAAGCAAAAAAUUGGUCCGUUCUCAUGCAAGACAUUGUGAACAUUUUGUAUGAAGACUCCUUGGUAGCCAAAGGAUUGAAAGAAGGACUGAUUGUCAACAUUGGAGAUGGAUCAAAUACUAGAUUCUGGGAAGAUCCAUGGGUAGAUAUUAUGCCACUCCGAAACAGAUUUCCUCGGCUGUUCUCCAUGAGCUCGAAUAAAUUGAGCAUGGUGGCAGAAGUGGGAAUAUUUGUGCAAGGGAAAUGGACUUGGGACCUAGCACUCAAAAGAGAUUUUUUUGAUUGGGAAUUGGAGAUACAUAGCACCUUCAUCAACCUUAUAAAUAGUCACUUUCCUUCGAGAGGAUUCAGGGACCACAUAUGCUGGUGUUUUGAAAGCUCCGGGUUAUUCUCAGUGAAAGGAUUAUGCAAGUGGAUCGAGGACAAGGUAAAUGAAGGAGAACAAUGGGCACUACCAUCUCAGUUGAGGAAAAUAGUUCCACCUAAGGUGGGAUUGUUAUUUUGGCAGGGGUGUUACAACAAGAUAGCUUGCAAACAAAAUCUUCUGAGUCGUGGGGUUUAUUUGGAGGAUAAUGGCCUCUGCUCGCUAUGCUCCCAAGCUCCUGAAACUGCUGAUCACCUUUUCCUACACUGCUUUUUGUCUUGGAGCAUGUGGAGUGACAUAGUAAAAAGAGAAGGCGUUGCUUGGGUACCUCCAAACUCCCUGGUUGAUUUAGCCAAACAGUGGGAUUUCCUUUGUGUUAAUUCAGACCCUAUCUUAUGGAAAUUAAUCCCUUAUUCUCUGGUUUGGUCCCUAUGGGUCGGAAGAAACGACUUGUUAUUCAGAGAUAAAGCUUUCAACAGAGAAGAAGUUUGGGAUAUGCAUGUUAUACGAAUUGGAUGGUGGGUGAAAGCUAAAUGGAAGGACUGCCCUUAUAACACUGAACAAUUUAACGCAAAUUUCUGCAAUAUAAGAAUGAAAAUGACUGUUGUGAGUGUAAGGACAACAACUUGGCAACCUCCAACGCUAAGUACUCUCAAAUUUAAUGUUGACGGUGCUUCUCAAGGUAAUCCCGGACCUAGUGGUUUGGGGGGAGUUCUAAGAGAUCAUCAAAAUAGGGUCUUUGGCUAUUUCUCUAUCAACUCAGGCUUUGGCUGGGCUUUCGAAGCUGAGGUACGUGCUAUCCUCAAAGCUCUACAAUUCUGCCAGGAAUUCAUGGUUUAUGAGGUGAGUAUAGAGAGUGAUUCGACUGCUGCGGUAGGAUGGAUAAACUCCAAUUUAAAUAGGCCAUGGAAACUCCUUAAUGAACUAAAUCAAAUAGACUUCUUGCUGGAGCUAACCAAAUGUUCCAAGACUACUGGAAGGUCCCAGUGUGCCUUGACUAGCAAUGUGGUUAUAAUUAUUUUUUCUUCUCUUGCUUUGUAUGGUGGAGCUGAUUGUGGUGUGGAGAGUGACAAUAUUGAUCGGACCACGAAAGAUGAACUUCAUAUUGAAAUCGUUCUGUUUUCAUCUUUAUGUUUAAGAAUUUCUAAUGGAGAAACUAUUUCUAGGCGUGGAGAGGUGAAAAAAAGUGAGUUUGGUGAAAUGAUGCAUUGGUUUCUUGCAAGAAACUAUGAGAAAGCUGACUCUCCUUUCCAGAUUCAGAUAUUUCUAUGUUGGACAUUUUUCAUCUGGCAUCUGGGAGAUAUGGUUAUCAAAUCUCGAAGAUUCUUUGGUGAAAAGGAUCUUGAAGGGGAAAAUGAUUGGAGCAUGUAUUUAGUUGAAAGUCUAAAGGAAUGGAGUGACAUUUAA